CCGACAGAGAAAGGAGUAGGACGAGCAGAUCACACCACAGGCGUUUGUGUACACCACCCUUUUCCCGAACUGGCUUCCUGCUCUUUUGGGGCAGCCCAUCUGGGAGAGCAAAAGAGGAAAAGGAACAGAAUUGGUUAGAAGAGAGAGUUAGGGCCAAUCCACAGAACCAUUUGGAAGUAGAAACAUCUGUCAAGAUCUUCGCUGUCUUGAUAAUUUCCUCCUUGGAUAUUUGUACAAGAAGAGAGAAGCUGGUGGCAUUUCUCUUCCCGGUGGAAACUGUGCGUAAAGAACCUAGCUGACAGUUACGUGGGGGCAUGACCACAGAAGGCCAGAGCUCAUGGCUGGGUCUGAUCCAGGCUUGAUGCUCCUCUUCCUGUUGACCGGCUGGUUUCAUUACCAUUCACACGACCAUGUUGUCAGCGUCGCAUUGGAGGAGCCUCCGUCAAACCUUGCUGGUGCUCUUCACUUCCGCGCUCCUCAUUGGAAUCACCAUGCUGGCCAUCUCCUCCGACAUCAACCCUGUGGGGUUUUUCUUCCUGGGGGUGGGGGGCCUGUGUUUGGUUGGCUAUCUGGCUAGUCUGGUGGCUGAAUAUUACCUGAAGCAGCAGAAUCCGGCGGAUGAGAAUCACGCAGCCUCAAGGAGACAGAGUCAGGCAGGAGACAAUGAGGCAUACGAAGCGCCAACGUAUGAGGAGGUGGUAGGAACUAGCCAGGUACCAGUCUCAACAGUCUGGACCAUCACUUCUGGCACAAUGGCCUCCCAAGGGGACCCCCCUCCGUACAGCGUGGUUAUUGAGCCACCCACCCACAGCGAGACUGUAGUCGAGGCAUUCAGCGUGUCAGUAGCACCGGGCACACGGCGAGCCUCAGAGGCAGAUAUGCACUCAAAGCUACGCCUUAGAUUGGUGCUCCCACCAAGGUUGCAGCGAUUUGUCUCGGAUAAUCAUGAACUCAAAGGGGGUGAAGAGCAUCUGGAACGUCUGGAGCCGCUCACACCGCCUCCUUCAUAUGACAACGUAACUGGCGACGAGGUGUUUGAAGAAGCGAUCGAGCCCACGAGACUAUGACCAAAGGCAGGGGGGUGGGGAGGCUGAUGGUGGCGGCGCUGCGUUAUAGCAGUGCGCCUGGUGAAUAGGAGCCGACAGGCCAUUUCACUUACUGGGAAAGUGUCCUGUGGACCACUGGCAGCCAGAAGCAAGCAGGGCCAAGAAGACCCAGGAGCUCUGCCAGCACCACAGGAGCCGCGUGUCUCUAGCCAGCAGCAACGGUGGUCUGUAUCAGCUCACCAGUUGCCCUACCUCAGCACUGGUGCUGGUUGGCUGUGUCCCACAAGGGAGUGGAGCCACUUAUCUUGGCUUGUUUCUUUGCCAUUUGAACUUCACAGCCUGGACUUGCUAAUAAAGUGGUCCUCUAGCUCACAUAAGCGGGUGCCUAAUAAGUAUGUUUAAGGUCUUGCAAGACGAGGAGUCAGGUUGACUGCAACAGAUGAAUAGCUCUUCUUUCAAACUCAUACUGAGUCUUACAAUCACAGCUUGUUUGUUACACACAGACCAAAGCUUGAAUAAUCAUACUGGGUCUUAAUGUGCACCCCUCCCCUUUUUUAAAUCUCAUGCGAAAUGCAUGAAUAUAGCCAGUGUAGGUCUACCUUUCCACUUGGUUUUAUUUUUAUUGUUUUGAGUUUUUACUAAAUGGACAUUGUACAAUUCCUCCAUGGCUUGCUACGUCUUCCAAAUACUAUUUAUGUGUUCUUGGACUUGUAGCACAAGCUGCUUGGAAGCUAGCAUGGGAGAAGGUUUGGUGAAAUUUCCAAAGGGUGGACUCUCAAGCAUCACAUCUAAUAGCUGAUAGUGGAGCCUUGUGGGCAGGGAGGGAAGAUGACGGGACAAUACUGCUGAAGGGUGAGACACACAGCAAUCAACAGGUGUGUCUUCUAUUGGCUAAUGUAAAAAUACAAAUAAACAGAAUGUGGGUACAUGGUUGCACUUAUAAAAUAGUUGGUUUCCGAGUUCAGAUGUUCAUUUUGAGGCGUUUCAGAUGUUCACUGGAUAAUUCAGAAGUUCAUUGGAUGAGGUGAUUCAUCUUAACACUUUCUACUGUGAUUUUGUUGUGGUAUUUUGAGAUGUCAUCAUUCUCACUAAGUUCUGUUGCAGGAGUUUCAUAUCCAGACAAAUAAAAAAGAGUA